GAUAAGAUGUAAGGAUCCAAAACUCUGCGGCAAUAAAGGGGCUAACGUGGUACUAAUCGAUCACAACUACGAUAACCAAACCGACUUUGUUCUUGGUUUCUUCGCUUUACUAGACAUGGCUAAUGACGGCCUGGCCCGAGACAUUUACAAACAAGGGAUCGUGGACGUGGAAUAUAAAAGGAAACCCUGUGUAUUUGAAAACCAGAACUUGUAUGUUAGGGUUGAAGAAUCAAGCCAAAUACCAUAUUACUUGCAAAUUAAAUUGCUUUAUCAAGGCGGUCAGACUGAGAUUGUAGCCAUUGAUGUAGCUGAGGUUGGUCUUACUACUGGAACUCCAUGAGUAGGAACUAUGGGGCAGUUUGGGACACAAACAGAGUCCCAAAUGGUGCAUUGCAGCUCAGAUUUGUGGUGACAUCUGGGUAUGAUGGGAAGUGGAUUUGGGC